AUGACUAAGCCGCCGUCCCAACCCGAGAACAUGGACCCGGAGAAAAACGAGGCCAUCGUAAGGGUUUCGGCCGAAACUCACGAACAUAUCAAAGGCUCUAAGCUAGUUUCGAUACUAGUAGCUGUCACUUUAGCGUACUUUUUAGCUAUGUUAGACACUUCUAUCGUAGCUACUGCCAUACCUAGAAUAACAACAGAGUUCCACUCACUCUCGGACAUUGGGUGGUAUGGCAGCGCCUACCAGCUGGCCAGCUGCGCGCUGCAGCCCCUGAGCGGGAGGAUAUACACGAACUUCAGCACCAAGUGGACGUUCCUUGCAUUCUUCCUAGUCUUCGAAAUCGGCUCCGUCAUCUGCGGCGCUGCCAAGUCCUCAGCCAUGUUCACCAUCGGCCGGGCUUUCGCAGGCAUGGGCGCCUCUGGGAUCUUGAACGGCUCCUUGACGAUCUGGACGGCUUCAGUGCCGGCGGAAAGGCUGCCCGUUUUGCAGAGCACGCUUGUUGCCAUAGGUCAACUAGGUGUCGCUCUUGGACCCCUGCUGGGCGGUGCGCUUACGCAGUUUACUACUUGGCGAUGGUGCUUUUAUAUCAACCUCCCUGUCGGCGCCGUUGUUGGGGCUCUCCUUCCAUUAAUCCGCAUCCCGGAGAUGACGGAAAAGCAGGGGUUGAAUAUAAUCCGCAACGGCAGCCUAAUCCGCAUCCUCGACCUCGUUGGUUUCGCCAUCUUCGCCCCAGCAGCCGUAAUGUUCUUCCUCGCUCUAGAAUUCGGCGGGAAUCGGUACGCGUGGGAUAGUUCGCAAGUCAUCGGCCUGCUGUGCGGGGCAGUUGUCACGUUUGCCGUCUUCUUGGCAUGGGAGUGGAAAAAGGGGUCCGAGGCUAUGAUCCCAUUCGCGUUACUAAGAGUGCGGAUCCAGUGCUGCGCUUCGUUGCUUAUGUUUGCGUUCUUGGGUAUGAUGUUCGUAGUUGCAUAUUACCUGCCAAUCUACCUCCAGGCUGUGAAGGGCGACUCCCCGUUCAUGAGUGGGGUGCAUAACUUACCGACGAUUUUGAGCCAAGUUGUUAUGGUUCUUGUUGGGGGAUUUGUGGUACAGAGGAUAAGAUACUAUCUUCCGUCAGUCCUAUUAGGUACCACGUUGGCCUCCGUUGGUUCAGGUCUACUCUCCACUCUACAAAUAUCAACAUCAGUAGGGAGAUGGGUAGGAUAUCAAGUUAUCUACGGUCUUGGUGUGGGAAUGGUGGUGCAAAUGCCCUUCAUAGCAAUCCAAACCUUAAUCCCAAGGCCAAAUAUUCCCUCCGCCUUAGCAAUUCUCAUAUUCACGCAAUAUUUCGGCGCGGCAUUAUUCGUAACAACCGCACAGAGUAUUUUCAAUAAUAGUAUGAGAACGGUGCUUUCCGAAACCGCGCCGGGGGUCGACAUUGAAAAGAUCAUGACUGGCGGUGCCACAGCUGUACGAUCCUUGGUUUCCGGUCAGCAACUUCAUGAGGUAUUAGCUGCUUAUGCUAUAAGUGUGGAUCGCGUCAUGUAUCUUGCAGCUUCUUUGGGGGUAGUCGCGUUUAGCUUUGGGUGCGGACUUGGGCGGAAAGAUAUAAGAAAAGGGAGACGUUAGGUUACACAAAAAGAUGCGGAAGACGGGUGAUGAGGAACAGAUAUCACCGGUGACUAAAUGAUAGUAUUAUUUACUAUGAAGAAUACCAUAUAAAUUCGCUAUGAAGAG